CGAAGCAUAAAAAGACCAGCAGCGCAGAGAGAGAAGGAUUCGAUUCCAUUCGAUUCAAAUUCGGAGUCACCGGAGAGAGAUCCCUCCCCUGUCUCUCCCUCUCUCUCUGUUCUUAUCUCCGAUCUCAUCAAUGGCGGAACAGACGGAGAAAAAGUACAUUACAAAAGAAGAUCUAAGCAAACACAACAAACCCGGAGAUCUCUGGAUCGCGAUCCAAGGCAAAGUCUACGACGUCUCCGACUGGAUCAAAUCCCAUCCCGGCGGCGAAGCCUUGAUCCUCAACCUCGCCGGCCAAGACGUCACCGACGCCUUCAUCGCAUUCCACCCCGGGACCGCGUGGCACCACCUCAACAGCCUCUUCACCGGCUACCACAUCGGAGACUCCCAGGUCUCCGAGAUCUCCCGCGACUACCGCCGCCUAGCCGCCGAGUUCCAACUCGGCCUCUUCGAGAAGAAAGAACACGUCACGCUCUACACCUUAACCUUCGUCGCCGCCCUGUUCGCCGCCGUGCUCUACGGCGUUCUGGCUUGCACCUCCGUCGUCGCCCACCAGAUCGCCGCCGCGCUGCUCGGUCUCCUCUGGAUGCAGAGCGCUUACAUCGGCCACGACUCGGGGCAUUACGUCAUCAUGAAGAACAAGUCGUACAACAAGUUCGCUCAGCUCCUCUCCGGCAACUGCAUCACCGGGAUCUCCAUCGCCUGGUGGAAGUGGACCCACAACGCUCACCACCUCUCUUGCAACAGCCUCGAUUACGACCCCGACGUGCAGCACAUCCCCGUCUUCGCCCUCUCCUCCAAGUUCUUCAGCUCCAUGACGUCACGUUUCUACGAUCGGAAGCUCACGUUCGACCCGCUCGCGAGGUUCCUCGUAAGCUACCAGCACUUUACUUAUUACCCGGUCAUGUGCUUCGGUAGGAUCAACCUUUUUAUCCAAACGUUCCUUCUCCUCUUCUCGAAGCGUGAGUUCCCUGACCGUGCUCUCAACUUAGCCGGAAUCUUGGUGUUCUGGACGUGGUUCCCGCUCUUGGUCUCUUGUCUACCAACUUGGCCUGAGAGAUUCUUCUUCGUUUUGACGAGCUUCACGGUCACGGCCCUUCAGCAUAUUCAAUUCACGCUUAACCAUUUUGCGGCUGAUGUCUACAUGGGUCCACCUACGGGUAACGACUGGUUCGAGAAGCAAACAGCUGGGACGCUGGAUAUCUCGUGUACUUCCUACAUGGAUUGGUUCUUUGGUGGGUUGCAGUUUCAGCUAGAGCACCAUUUGUUCCCUAGGCUGCCACGUUGUCAUCUAAGGAGAGUGUCUCCUGUGGUUCAAGAGCUUUGUAAGAAGCAUAACCUUCAGUAUAGGAGUCUCUCCUGGUGGGAGGCUAAUGUGUGGACCAUUAGGACUUUGAAGAAAGCUGCUUAUCAAGCUAGAGAUGCGGCUAAUCCUGUGGUUAAGAACUUGGUCUGGGAAGCUUUGAAUACUCAUGGCUAAGUUGACUUCAAAAUCAAACAAACAGCUCUUGUUUUGUUUUGAUCAUAUUAUCAUCAUGUGUUUUAUUUAUAUUUUUCUUUUGUAUCUUUUAACAACUCGUGUUGUUUCUAUGGAAGAGCUGUUUUAGAUUGAGUUGAAUCGAGAUUUAAUUUAUUUUACAUAACUCUUCGUAUUAUAUAUAUUGUUAUUUGUCUGUUCA